UCCACGUAGACUUCACGAGUAAAUUAUAGUUAUCUGUUUUGUUCAAUACAUCAGUUUCCAUGGAUCUGUAGUUAAGAAGAAAGUGACAAGCAUUGAUGAAUAUAACACUGACUUCGAGCUAUUAGUUUUUACUUCCACCUGAUAAGACGAACGAGGAUACCACAAUUUCGACGAAAUCAUAGUCGACUUGUAAUGAUUAUCGAAAAAUGUUUCAAAUAUCGUUGAAUGCCGCAGUUUCUGCCCGGAGAUUCUUUGACACAUUACAAUACAGUCAAUGCAAGUGCAAUCAAACAAGCCAGUCGAGUACGAGGUGAUAAAAAUCCUAUCACACGUACGAUCGUAUAAACUUGAGCAGAAAGUUGACCCCGACAAAGAUAAAAAAGCAAUAACUCACCUCUGGGGCAAGUGGCUUUCCGGUCUAGAACAAAGGACAGUUGAGAUGCUAGUCGGCACAAUAAAAGUUUUAAAAAUACCCGAUACUGUUCAUCGCGAUAUCGUUGGGCUGGGGAAGGAUAUUAAGAAACACUUGGGAAUCACUGUGCACUUGAUCGAAGAUCACUCUCGAAUGUAUAUACGCAGCAUCCAAUCGUUCUUUUCCCAAUGGCCACCAGCACAAGACUGCCGUCACUGGUCCCGACCACGUGUACCUCGCACUGGUUUUCUUCCAACACAAACCAAAUUUAUGCACAUAUUAACAUGCCGCUUCGCACACUGUUACGCGGGACAUCGUGCCGGAGCGGCAUACCAGAAGUGUGUUGUUGCUAUCUUUGAAAGCGAAUGUGAAAGACGCGGACGCAUCGUUGGUAGCGGACCAGUUUACAUCGAUGUGUGUAUCGCCAAAUUGUUGGCGUGAGGAUAAGUGACGUUUAAUCGUAAAUGUGGUGUUGCCAUGAAAUUGUUGACAAGGAUUUCAACGGACAAGUACAUCUUUCAAGGGAGCCCUGAUCCAGCAGGGCCGUGCGAAAGAUGACGAGUCUUCGAAGCACUACUCGUAUCACGACUCCUCUUCCCAAGAUUACUAGUUUCCGUUUCUUUUUUCUCUCUGAUAUCAAGUCUAUAAUUAGAUGCAGUUGUAAGCGAUAUUGGUCCGAGUAGUUUAUCAGAAGCAUACGAGAAACAUUGUCAGACGUGCCAAUGUUUCAAAGGAGAGGAGGAAAAAAUUACGUAAAGUUGACUUGAUCUGAUGAAUAGGAAUCACAGAAUUAUCGUGUAAAUUUUUUACCUUGCGUAAACAAUCACGCGUUAAAAGCGGACUGGAAUUGACCUCGUAUUUUUAAAUCUUUCGAAACCUUUUUUGUGCAAGGUAUACGUAAGAAAAAAAGACGCGUGUUCUUCCGUUCGUUCAAAGUACUUAUGUUUGAAAAAUGAAACGGUAUUCAAUUACUUUGAAAGUAAGAGCACACCGGGCAGCAUAAUUAAUAUUUCCGCUUGCGUUCAUCAUCGAGAAUUCGUAAGUGAUUGAAAAAGCAAAAAGUCCAAAUCGGUAUAAACACUUCAAACGUUUCAAGAGUUUUAUUGUUUCAAUUCAAUUUUUACAAUAUUUCAAAACGUUUAAACAUUUUAAUUCGUUACAACAAUUUAAAAUUCUUCACCUUUCACUAACUUACACUAUUUUCACGGAUAUCACUUAUCUUUGCUUCUGAAUUAGCAUACAUCCAUUUAUCACCCUAUGACCAAUGUAACUGCAGAUAUAACUUGACAGGCGUAUCUCUUACUCAAUCAUUGAAAACACAGCAAAAAUCAAAUCUAUCAAGAUAUUAUCCGGAAAAAAUGUGUGGGUAUCCCACAGACUUGAAUGAAGAUUGUAUUCAUGUUCUUUUUAAAAAUUUUAAAGAUCU